AUGUCGGACUACCCCAGUGAGACAGGCGGCCGCCCAUUGGCCUCAUCCAUCCCGCAACCUGAAGGCAGCCCUCCGUCACCAUCACCACAACGCAAACGUCGCAGGACCUCGCAGUCGUCGGAUGAGCGUGUCGGCGGAACCAAGUCUACAUCUCGUCGUCGCCCAGGAUCCAGGAAAGAGGCCUCGUUCGGCCCCCACGCCGGCUCCUCCCGUGGCGAGAGUUCCACCAUGCAACGGUCGACCAGCCCUACGCAGAUGUCGCAGGAGACGUCGGUCCACUACACCAGGACGGGCCGCAUCAGUAAGGCGAAAAAGGGAUUGAAGGUGCAUCAUUGCGAAUGCGGACGGUCCUAUACAAGAGCAGAGCAUUUGAGACGGCACCAGAAGAACCACGCGCAGGAUGCACUGCGAUGCGACUUCCCAGGAUGUGGGAAGCCCUUUUAUAGAUUGGAUCUCCUGCAACGACACCAGGAAAGACAUAACGAAGUCGGAAAAGACUCGCCACAAACCCCAAUAUUUAGCCCAGGAAGCAGCGCAGAGACUGAAACUGUGGUUUCCGCGUCGGUCCCGAUGCCCACGCCGAUUGUGACCACAGUCCCGCCUGCGCCGUAUUACCAGCCGCCAGUCUCUCCUAUGCCGGAGUCGGCGCCAAACGCAAGGUAUACUUCCAACCCGUUUCGUACUCCUCAGCUCCCCUCCUCCACCUUUGGUCCUGUCCUCCGUUCUUCUCCAAGUUCCAAGUCCACUUCCCAUUUCAACCAUUUGAAGCAGCCCAGGUCAUCCUUCUCUGCGGCGCGUCAUUCUGUAACACUUCCGGUAGCAGUUGAAAACCUGCAAACCAACAACAUUGCCUGGUCAACAAAUGAUCCCUUCGGCCAGUCGCCCAAUUACUCAUCCUCGAGCGGAUAUGCUUCGCCUAUUCCUCAGGCCGACUACACGAACAUGUUCGCGAAUCAUCCUUACGGCCCUGGUUCGAAUCAAGCACGCACCCGCACAAACUCCAAUGCAUCGUUCAUAGAAUCCUGGGGAUAUCCGUCGCGGUCACCUACUUCUGCUACCUCGACAAUGGCAUAUACGUGGGCCUCAAACGACAAGAGUCCUGCUCCGCCCAGCCUGGCCUAUAUGGCCACGUCUUAUCCCAUGACGAGCAUGCCCAUGUCAGCUGGAGUCGAUCCGAUAUCGGGGUUUGGGCACUUUGGCCCCAAAACCAUUGCGCAGAGGGAUGAAGAGGAGCAGGCAAUUCUCUUCGCAGAGCAGUCCUAUGGUAUGGGCCUCGAAAACACGUACCCGUUUGAACAAUAUCUUGACAAUUACUGGAGACACUUUCACCCCACCUUUCCCGUCGUGCAUCGAGCUACGCAUGAACGCCUAAACCAGUCGCCGAUGCUCCACGCCGCCAUGAUCGCUAUCGGUGGGCAAUACUCCCAUGACGCCUGCGUCAAGCGGAAGUCUCGAAUACUUCACGACAGGUGCAUGAAGCUGCUGGACAAGGUAUGGACCAACUACUCUUCCAUUGGCGAUAAGGAAAAUGCUAAAGGCAAGCAGAGAGACCUUGAUGUCAUGACAGAGGCGGACCGCCUGUGCGACUGGCAGGCCUUGCUCCUCAUCGAAGUCUUCUCCCAAUACCGAGCUCGCCGCGCGGCCAAGAGACUGUCGACGCGCUUCGAGACUAUGUACCACAAGUUUGGCGAAAACUUCAGGAUCAUCACAUCGAAUAUCGUCGAUAAUGUUUCCGCCCUUGCGCAAUCGGAGAGUGCUACAUACGAGCGUUGGGGUCAAUGGGUCGAGCUCUCCACUCAGCAACGACUACUGCUCUGCUGUUACAUCUUGGAGUCUCAACAAGCCACUCUGCUCGCCCGCAACUCCCAGCCAUCGCUUAUUCAACUCUCUGGCUUCGACCUUCCUUUCCCGGCCUACUCCGCAUUAUGGGACGCGACGAACCCGUCCGACUGGGCGAUGGCGGCUCAGCAAUACGUUCACCAACCAUACGUUUACCAGAUCACGCCCGAUAUGACUGCGACGGCUCUUGACUGCUUCCAGUCCUCGCUCCUCAUUGCGGCGCACUAUAACCACUUCAGCAACCCUGCUCCUUAUCUUGCCCCUCCGCCCUUCGUUGCGAUCGAUCAUCUGCUUGACAGCUCGCCCAUCACCAAACAUUUGCUCCUCACUGCAAAGCUUCUUCAAGUCACCCCCAUCCGCGCUCUACUUGCUGUGUCCGGCGAGUCGUGGAUACUCUCCGAAAAGGUUCCUUCCCCCCAGGCUUUCUCGAACUACAAGACAACGCUCAGGACUUGGGUCACUGGACUUUGGACCAAUGUAGCUGAGCAACACACUCCUAUCAAGGAAGCCCUUAAGUUGUCGAUCGAAAUCUUGCAGCAUGCCCUCGCGCAACCGGCACACACACUUCGCCUUGAACUCGGCGCCGACAUGGGUCUCUACUUCGCCGCGCUGACGAUCUGGGCUGUCACUGUUGCAGCCAACACCCGCAUCAACUUGCCUCAGACCCAGAACCAGCCGCAUCGCUUCCAGUCCCACUCUCCUCUUCCGUCCAAUCCCACCUAUCCAUCCACUCCGACUCACUUCGCAGCCGGCACACCCAGCAUUUCUCCGAACCCCACCCACCCUACCGCCCUUGGCCUCAUCCCGCACAACUCACACAGCUCUCCAGCACCGCUACCACCCUCCACGCCAACUAGCAUGUCGCAUUCGGAAAUCACCAUGACAUCCAUCAACUUCCUCUCCAAUGCCCUCCUCGAGCUCGACUUCCUCGGCAUCGUACCGCAGUGGCCGCGCGACGUGACUCAGUGGCAGCAGGGCUGCUCGGCUCUAAUGCGCUGGGUCAAGAUGCGUUUGAGGAAUGGGGCUAUGGAGGGGAGGGAUAGCGUUGUGGGUACUAAUGUUGGUCCUACUAGUGCGGGCACCGGCCGUGGUGGCGACGGCCUAGGUGAACUUCUUGAUGGAGUCAUCGGAGUGCUGGAGAAGAUCAUGGGAAGGGGCUGGGAAGGCUGGGGCGUCUAA